UUUCAUAAUAAGCAUAGAGAUUAACUCUAACUCACAAAGGUACGAUUCAAGAUGGCGCUGAAAAUAUCGGACAUUUUGCCUGCCCCUUCAACACGAAUAUUUGACAGAGAUGAUGAAGAGAGGCAAAUCAGAGCUCAAAUGCAGAUUGCGCCUGUUAUCAGUAAUAGAGCUGCCCCUCCAUAUGGUCACAGAAAAGGCUGGAUACCAAGGUCACAAGAUGAUUUUGGAGAUGGAGGUGCCUUCCCUGAAAUACUGGUCGCACAGUAUCCCCUGGGUAUGGGACAGAAGAAGAGCUCAUCGAACGCCUUGGCAGUUGCGCUAGAUGCACAGGGCAAGAUCAAGUAUGAUGCCAUCGCCAGACACGGCCACGGAAAAGAUAAGGUGGUCCAUUCCAAGUUCCAAGACCUGGUCCCGAAACAAAUUGACGAGGACGAUCCCAGCUUCGAGCGCCCAGAUGAGGAUUCCGUUCAGGAAAACACGGAAAAGACACGAAUGGCUCUUGAGAAACUUGUGUCUGGGAAAAUUGCCGCGGCUAUGCCUGUCAGAGCUGCAGAGAAACAGGCUCCAGCUCAAUACAUCAGAUACACGCCCUCACAGCAGGGUGUAGCAUACAGCUCGGGAGCCAAACAGAGGAUCAUCCGCAUGGUGGAGGCUCAAAAAGAUCCCAUGGAACCACCAAAAUUCAAAGUGAACAAAAAGAUCCCCAGAGGGCCACCAUCACCUCCUGCUCCAGUCAUGCACUCUCCAAACAGAAAGGUCACAGUGAAGGAGCAGCAGGAGUGGAAGAUACCCCCGUGUAUCUCCAACUGGAAGAACCCCAAAGGUUACACCAUCCCCCUGGACAAACGACUUGCCGCUGACGGUAGAGGCCUACAGGGUGUACAUAUCAAUGAGAACUUUGCAAAGCUGGCAGAGUCUCUGUACAUAGCUGACAGAAAAGCCCGUGAAGCUGUCGAGACUCGAGCUCAGACGGAGCUCAAGAUGGCUCAGAAAGAAAAGGAGCGCAAGGAGGAACACCUGAGACAGCUGGCUGCCAAGGCCAGAGAGGAACGCGCCGGGAUACGACGUGGGGACGAAAAAGGUGAAGAGGAGGUUGGGGACAGAGAUGAGAUCCGUCGUGAGCGUCACAAGGAGAGACAGAGGGACAGGAACCUGGCCAGGGCAGCACCUGAUAAGAGGAACCGCCUUCAGAAGGAGAGAGAGCGUGACAUCAGUGAGAAGAUUGCUCUUGGUCUCCCUAACACUGGUGCUGGACAGCAGGAACAGUUUGACCAGCGCCUCUUCAACCAGUCUAAGGGUAUGGACAGUGGUUUUGGAGAUGAUGAAGGCUACAACGUGUACGACAAGCCUUGGCGAGCUGACAAGGAGGCAGCACAACACAUCUACCGUCCCUCACGUAACAAGGACAAGGAUACCUACGGGGAUGACCUUGACGAACUCAUGAAGACUAACAGGUUUGUUCCAGACAAGGGAUUCACAGGGGCAGACGCCAGUCGUCGCCGCGAGGGACCCGUUCAGUUUGAGCGCUUUGAAGAGGAAGACCCCUUCGGUCUUGAUAAGUUCUUGAAGGAGGCCAAGACGGGUCAGAAACGUGGAGCCGAAGACACACGCUCCAGUCGAGACUAUGAUCGCAAGAAGAGAAGGGAAUAGCAUAUAGGGGGGGGGUUGAGAUACAGUCUGGCUUUUUUUUGUACAUUUUAUUCACCAGUCAUGGACCAAUGCUUGAAUUGUUCAUUUGUUGAUAUCAUAUAUCAGCAAUGUGGAACCAUUGGUUGGUAAUGUACAUGUUGUGGAUUUUGUCAUAUGACCACACAUUUGUACGUGAAGUAUCAUUAUUCCCUUGUCAUUUGUAGAUGUAUGUAUUAUACAGUGGUUUCAAAGAGCGUUUUAAGAUCUGAAUUUCAUUUAAAGAGCAUUUGUGUGAGCACAAAUCAUAAAGAAAAAGUGCAGAUUAGCAACAUUAAGUGUGACAUUUUGGUAGUGGUCUGUAAUAAUCAUAUGAUACAGGCAUUUGUCCCAAGUCUGUUAGAGGUUAAUGGAUCAAGAAUAGGUACACAGCAUAUUAAGUGAGGGAAAUUAGCUCGGAUCCAUUAGCAUAUGGCCCGUAAAAUGUAUGGUGGGUCUUGGAUUUUCUGAGAAAACUUUCAAUGAGUUCUAUUAAAGAAAAAAAUGACGGACGUGAUUUGAAAUUCUCACGCAGAAUUCCCUGUUUAAUGCCAGAAUUGCUCAACAAAUAGAUACAAACUUUACAAGAUCUAUUUAAAAGUUUUGAUGGACCAAAUAAGAGGGUCAGAUAUUUUCCUACACUGAGGUGUUUCCAAAAUUGCAACUCUUAGAACAGUGGUGGGAAAUUGAGGUCAAAUGUUGGUGUAUGACCCUGAUAUAAGUUAAGAUUUAGGAUAUUCUACUAGAUUGAUAAAUUGUUUUCUGUCCCGAAUUAUUCUAGAUUUUAAUUUACUGUUUUAAACAAAAUAAGGAAUAAAUGCCGAUAGUUCUGUUACAAAUAUUUAAGUUAUUAAAUGCCUGUAAAUAUUUUUUUAUACAUCACCCCUGUCAACAUACGGUACAUGUAUGUUAUUAAUGUAGGUUAAUAUUUUAAGUAUUAUAAAAUUAAUAUCUUUCACUAAUUGAUAAUUAAAAAAGCAAUUUAUUUCCAUGUACAAUCAGUUUAUAACUUAGAAUAAGUUUGAACGCUUUGAAUUCAGAGUAGAGUUUAACUUUUUAUAAUACGUUUCAUGGAAUAUCUGUACAGAACUAAAAAGCACUUCAGCUAGUCUUUAAUUUGCAUUGAGGUAACACUGUUCAGCUGUUGGUAAGGUAAUAUGGUUGACAUUUUACCAGACCACGUGGUCAUUCAUGUUGAGGUGUAUCUUGUUAUAUAACCUGACAGUUUUACAUUGACAAGAAAUAUGAAAUACAAUAAAAUAUAUGAAUUUGUA